AUGAAAUUGUCAGGAGUGUUCAGUUACUGCACAAGAGCAAUGAAAUCGUUGAAGCAAUCAGAAACGGCUGUAACUAUUAAAGCGCCUUGGGGUAACCUAGCUGCAUUAACAUGGGGGGAUCCCUCGAGGCCGCCGGUGCUCCUCUGCCCGGGAAGACUGCAGCCGUGCACGGUGUUCAAGCCGCUGAUCUUCAUGCUCCCGGACAGCUUCUUCUACGUGGCCCUGGAUUUACCCGGGAACGGGCUAUCGGACCCCUUACCUCCAGGAGUUCGGUAUACCGUCAUGGACAUGGUGCCGUCAAUACUGACGGUGGUUGACCACUACAACUGGGACAACUUCGCCUAUAUCGGACACUCGUUGGGAGCCGCCGUUGGGAAGUUCUUCAACAUCGCUUAUCCCGAGCGCAUCUCUAAGAUGGUUGAGCUGGACCCCGUGCCGGCGUACUUCACGAGCGGCGUGACCACUAUAGCCGAUUGGUACCACACGUACUACGGCAACUACUACAAGGAGGACAACUACAGGAAGCACAACUCCGGGCCAGAGACAGCGCCGAAAUACACACUGGAGAAGGUAAAAGAGCUGAUGCAAAGCGCCCAAAGGCUGACGGACGAAGCUGUGGAAUAUCAACUGGAGAGGUCCUUAGCUCCAGCAGGCGAUGGACUUUACAGGUUGACAUAUGACCAGCGUGUGAAGCUAGUGACGCUUCUGCCAUUCCCAAGCGAUUAUUUGAAACAGAUAUAUACGACGCCUAAAACGCCAACCCUGGCCAUAAUAGCGCUGGACGUCCUGAAUUCGGGCACCUAUAGGGACGUGCCGUUCUUAACCGACGAGAAGGCUUGGCCCAAUGGCAAUUUCAAGUUCAAAAUAGUGCCGGGCGUCCAUGACGUUCACAUUAAUGAUCCUGGCUGUAUGGCUGCGGACAUAGCUGCGUUCCUAACGGGAUCUGUGGCGAAACUA